UCGGAGAUUUGAAUGCUUGCCUUGUAUAUAUUGCAAUCAGAAGUUCAUCCUUGUAUCAAACACGGCGGGUUAGCAGUCUGUGCGUCGUAACUUCCACAGAGAGUAGAUAAAUUCAAUAAAACACAAACAAGUUUGUUGUGUCGAUCUUCUACAUCCCAUCUCAGAGCAGAAAGACAGUCCACUAAUUGCAAAUAAACAAAAUGCGUGAAUGUAUCUCAAUCCACGUUGGACAAGCCGGUGUUCAGAUAGGUAAUGCUUGUUGGGAGCUGUACUGUCUUGAACAUGGAAUCCAGCCCGAUGGUCAGAUGCCGAGCGACAAGACUCUUGGUGGCGGUGAUGACUCGUUCAACACUUUCUUUAGCGAGACCGGUUCUGGCAAGCAUGUCCCUAGAGCCGUGUUUAUCGACUUGGAACCUACUGUAGUCGAUGAAGUACGAACAGGUACCUAUCGUCAGCUUUUCCACCCUGAGCAGCUUAUCACCGGUAAAGAAGAUGCAGCGAACAACUAU